AGAGAGAGAGAGAGAGAGAGAGAGAGAGAGAGAGAGAGAGAGAGAGAGAGAGAGAGAGAGAGAGCAGAGGAAGAGCGACAUGGCGGCCACGGCGUCCCUGAAGAGCAGCCUCCGCCUCCCGUCUCCUAUCUCCGACUUCAGCGGCGCAGCCGUCUCCGUCUCAGCGCAGAAGAGUAGGAGGUCAUGGCAGCCGAGGGGGGCGAGGGUGCAGGUCUCGGCGGCGGCGGACUCCAAGAACAUUCUUGUCAUGGGUGGAACCAGGUUCAUUGGUGUUUUCCUGUCCAGACUCCUUGUCAAGGAGGGCCAUCAGGUUACAUUGUUCACUAGGGGAAAGGCGCCCAUCACCCAGCAGCUGCCAGGAGAGUCCGAUGCAGAGUACGCAGAGUUCUCCUCCAAGAUCCAGCACUUGAAAGGUGACAGGAUGGACUUCGAAUUCGUCAAGGCAAGCCUUGCUGCUAAGGGCUACGAUGUCGUCUACGACAUCAACGGACGCGAGGCUGCGGAGGUUGAGCCUAUAAUCGACGCCUUGCCCGACCUGGAACAGUACAUCUACUGCUCAUCGGCCGGAGUGUACCUGAAAUCGGACCUUCUCCCACACUGCGAGGUAUGGCCAGAUCCUCGACACAAGCAAUGGCGCCAUGAAAAUGGCCAUACACAUGAACAGGGGGCACUCAGCCACUCACCAUGGGUCUCGCUCGUGUAUGGCCGGCCGCCACUGCAGGCCGACGCCGUGGACCCCAAGAGCCGGCACAAGGGGAAGCUGGAGACGGAGAGCCUGCUCACCGCCCGCGGCGUGAACUGGACGUCCAUCAGGCCGGUGUACAUCUACGGCCCGCAUAACUACAACCCCGUCGAGGAGUGGUUCUUCCACCGCCUCAAGGCCGGCCGCCCCAUCCCCAUCCCCGGCGCCGGCAACCAGAUCACCCAGCUCGGCCAUGUCAAGGACCUAGCAGCGGCAUUCAACCUGGUGCUCGGCAACCCGAAGGCGAGCCAGCAGAUCUUCAACAUCUCCGGGGCCAAGUACGUCACCUUCGACGGCCUCGCACGGGCGUGCGCGAAGGCUGGAGGGUUCCCUGAGCCGGAGCUCGUCCACUACAACCCCAAGGAGUUCGACUUCGGCAAGAAGAAGGCCUUCCCGUUCAGGGACCAGCACUUCUUCGCGUCGAUCGAGAAGGCGACCAGGGAGCUCGGGUGGACGCCGGAGUUCGACCUCGUCGAGGGGCUCACCGACUCGUACAACCUCGACUUCGGCCGCGGCACGUUCCGGAAGGCGGCCGACUUCACCACAGACGACAUGAUCCUCGGCAAGAAGCUUGCGACCGUCUGAACCUUCCGUGAUCUUUGGGAACGAUGGCUGCACGUGACACGGUGAAGGGCCGGUGCAGCUGCUGGGGUGCAAAUGCUGGCUGUAGCCGUGGGGAAUGCUAAUCUUCAAAAAAAAAAGAUGUGGGGAAUGCAUGGAAAAAUAUCUCAGUUUUGGAUUCGUUCCGGAUCGAUGUAUCGUACUUAUGAGAACUUAUCUAAGUGAACUAGAAAUAAUCCGCGAAACUAAAAGCAGCUCAAAUUAAUAGGGCUUCAGAAGGUUAUCGGUGCUCUGUAACCGGUUGGUAUUAUUGUCGAAGAGGAAAGGCGUGGGGAUAUUUAGGGUCUGGUUGGGAGCACUCCACCUCCACAAAAAUAGCUUUGGAGUAGCAACUCCACGUUUUAGCAACUCCACUCUACCAACUCUAAGAAAACAAGAAGUUAUUAACGUGUUUGCC